AUGGCCGAUGCCAACUCUGGGGAAACAGCUAGCCAAAGAAGCAAAGCAGCUGCGACUUCUGGUUCUGCAGGUACCAAGGUCACCACUGGGAGACUUGACGGAAAACCAAAAAUAGAUUCAUUCCACAACAGAGAUGGAUUGACAUUAAAGACAUACGCAUGGCAAGUGAAGAACCCAAUAGGAGUUAUAUUCCUAGUGCACGGAUUGAAUACACAUGUGCGUCUAGAAUACAUGAGGCAUAACGUAGAAAUAGUUAGCCCAGAUAAAGUCAUAUUGAAAGAUGCAGAUAAUUAUUAUAUUUACAAAAAUAGCUGGAUAGAAUAUUUUAAUAAAAAUGGGUACUCAGUAUAUGGCAUGGAUUUACAAGGACAUGGUCAAUCGGAUGGAUGGAGAAAUUUAAAAACGAAUGUAAAAAAAUUUGAUGAUCUUGUGUACGAUUUAAUUCAGUAUAUUAACAGAGUGCACGAUAUUAUAUGUCUUACAAGUAAAAAAAAUAUGAAUAAUGGAAAAAGCGAUGCUACAAAAAAUGGAGGCAGCAAUAUGAAUAAUGCAUCAGGUGCAUCCACUAAUAAUAAUAAAACCGGCAUAUCAUCUUCAAUUCACAACAAUUUAACAAAUAUGAAAACACCUCCGUUUUAUAUCAUGGGUCUAUCAAUGGGAGGAAACAUAGUUCUAAGAACAUUGGAAAUAUUAGGAAGAUCAAAAGGUAAUAAUGCAAAAUUGAAUAUAAGAGGAUGUAUAUGUUUAGCUGGUAUGAUUUCUAUUGAUGAAUUAGCAACAAAGGCAUCUUAUAAAUAUUUUUAUAUUCCAUUUUCAAAGUUUUUUGCUACUGUUUUUCCAAGUUUACGAAUAACACCAUCUUUAUAUUUUAAAAAAUAUCCCUAUGUUAACCAUAUCUUUAAUUAUGAUAAAAAUAGAAAUAAAAAACCAAUCACAUGUAAGUUGGGCUAUGAACUUUUAAAUGCUAUUCAGAAUUUAAAUAAUGAUAUGGAAUAUAUUCCAACAGAUAUUCCUAUUCUUUUAAUACAUUCCAGACAUGACAGUGCUUGUUUUUUUGGAGGUGCACAAACAUUUUUUAAUAAAAUUAAUUCAAAACUUAAAGAAUUACACGUACUUGAUGAUAUGGAUCAUGUUCUUACGAUUGAACCAGGAAACGAAAAAGUUCUGCACAAGGUUUUAUCUUGGCUCGCUUCCCUCACGCACACACCAAAAGAUGCAACAACGUCUCUAAACGCCAGUGCUUAA